CAAAAUUUUAAUGAGAAAAAUGUCUAAUUUUUCCCAUUGGUCAUUGAAUUUGAUAAAAGACAUAACACAACACCCAGAAAAAAUAAUCUUGAAAAGUAAUUUAGCUGUAGUAAUUCGCGAUAAAUACCCAAAAGCAAAACACCAUUUCCUGGUACUUCCCCUGGAAGACAUUGAAGACAUCUUUCAGCUGCGGAAGAAUCAUCUGCCCCUGUUGGUGGAGAUGGAGCUGCUGGCGAAGAACGUUGUGGAGGUAAUAGGUGGGAAACUCAGUGACUUCAAGAUGGGUUAUCAUGCACAGCCGAGUAUGAAGCGAUUGCAUCUCCAUGCCAUCUCCGAUGACUUUAUUUCGCCCUCACUGAAGACACAGAAGCAUUGGAAUAGUUUCAACACGGACUACUUUAUUCCUGCCCCCAAACUCCGUCAAAUGCUUGAGGAUUGUGGGAAGAUUGAGAAGCUCCCGGACAAUGAGUUGAAAGCCUUGAUUUCACAGCCCCUGCAGUGCAACAAAUGUUCCUACCAAACAAAUACUAUGCCCUCUCUCAAGAAUCACCUUUUAUUCCACGAGAAAGCUUAAAGAGAAUUUCUUUAUUCUUUACAGUUAAAAAGUUUAUAAAAAAAAGAAAGUUAGUAAAGACUUUUCCACCAAAAGGCAUCAUA